GACAGCCGGCAUUUGCGCCUUAGUUGCCCAUGCUUCUUCCCCCCCUUGAUCCUCUAAACAUCCAAGCCAUUCCCCAUCCCUCACGGCGAACCCCUACCCCAUGUGCAACUUUUGAGAGUAUAUGGUGGAGCUGAAGGACAUGGAGCCGCUGCCGCAAGCUGAGGAAGACGCGUGGGAAUUGCAUCGCGCGCUGUAUCGAUCGGUAGUGCUGGGCAUAUUCUGGUUGGACGUGUCCUACAGCGAUCACAACAUCGCUGAGAAUCUGCAGGUGUACUACGUCAUCUCGCAGCGCAAACCGGAAAAGGAGGGCACGGUGGCAUUAUACCCGUUCGGGAAGAUCGGGACGAGCAGGCCGGAACUGUUGGAGCUCAUUCAUAUCGAGUUGCUGUCCAUCGCGCAAGUGAUCGCCAGCGAAGAAGAGGAUCUCCAACUCCGCCUACGAACGGCAUCGGCUCCGUGGCGAUCUUACCACGUGGUGGUAAUACCAGCUUAUAUCGCGCGGGAGGGAAAAAAGGUGAUGAGCAUUGUCAAUCGCAAGUUGCUGCUGCCUCCCUCGUCCUACCCCAAGCCAGUAGCCCCAAGGGCCCUCACGAAGACGCCCAAGAAGAGAUGUCGCCAGCCAUCGCCGGAGGCGCAAGGAAGCCGGGUGGGACCCGGAGAAGAGGUGGACCAGGCCGGGCGGGUACGGAAGCCUGAGCCUGUCCCGGAGAGCAAAGCGACACCGAUCGAGGGACCUCCGCCGAGGGAAGGAGCGGGAACAAGCAGAUUCCGGAUACACGGGAACCCUCCGGAGCCAACACCACUGCUGCCGCUCCUUCCCGAUCUCAAUCUCGAUGGAGCCGGCCCAUCAGCACCAGCAGGAGGAGAUGGAGGAGGAGGAGGAAUGGGACUGGGAGUAGUACCAUAUCCCACACCCAAACCCCCCAUCCUCGCAGGACCUUUCCGCUUCCGCCAGCCACCCAGGCGUGCCCCGGUCAUUGACCUUAGCAGUUCCUCCGAGCCGGACGGUCCACCCAACGGAUGUCACGUUCAUGGUGGAGCCUGCAACCAUCAGGCUCGAAGCGAUCAAGGGGGCACCGCGUCCUGAUCCUGCAUGGGAGCCGUAUCUGGAGCCGCCAUUUGAGGGAUGCGUUGCGGCCAGACUUGCAG